UUUUGAGUCACUCCUCAAUGAAUUGAUUCUCGUUUUAAUUGCAUUUAAAGUGAGUUUUAAUGAAAUUAUAAUCAAUUUAUAAUCAAUUUGUGUCCAUUUGUAUGCAUCACACCAUCGACUGAUCAGUAAAACCCACAUUCAAUCAUGUCUUCACUCCAACAACAGCGACGAGUUGUGGAACAGUUGCGCAAAGAAUCGCAACUCAAACGGAUGAACGUCUCGACGGCCAUCGAGGACUUGAAG